UUGGCAACCCGGUUCGGCAGAUCAAAGGAUUCCGUUUCUUCCAUUUUCCGUCUUGCCGCCCCCCACAUGGCCCUACUGUAAUCUGAGAUCGGAGCAAGCUCUUUGACUAGUCAGCGAGUCUGUGACCCGGGAACCCAGCCAUAUGGCGAAGAGGCGAGAACGCCGAGUUGCACCUAGUUCUGAUUGGCGCAAGGUCCGAGUCCAAACAACGAAUCCUGGUGACCAAUUCGGCGACUCAGCCUCCGGUCGCAAACUCCUUAUCAUCUUCGUUCUCUUCUUCAUCGUAAUUCCCGCCGUAUCCGUAUUGGUCUACUGGAUCAAAUUCACUCCACGAGUCACCCAUGCGGGGUUAUCCGUACAUCAACGAGGACUAAUCAAAACCGACAUCAGUUACCAAGAAAUCCUCACUGAGAACGCAAAGGUAUCAGAGAAUGUGUCUCAGCGACAUUACACCUAUCCGGUGUUGGCGUAUAUUACUUCGUGGAACUCGAAGGGCUACGAAAUGGCCAAGAGGUUCAACUCUAAAUUCACCCAUUUAUCACCGGUCUGGUAUGAUCUAAAGAGCCUAGGGACAGGCUUACUCUUGGAAGGGCGACAUAAUGCUGAUAAAGCAUGGAUCUCAGAGCUUCGAACCAGAGGAGAUGUUAUGUUGUUGCCAAGAGUUGUUCUGGAAGCAUUUCCUAAGGAGCUCCUUAGGAGGAAGAAACUGAGAGAUGAAGCUAUUCACCUUAUUGUGACAGAAUGCAAGGAAAUGAAGUAUGAUGGUAUCGUCCUGGAGUCUUGGUCUAGGUGGGCAGCUUUUGGUGUUUUGCAUGACCCUGACAUGCGGAAAAUGGCACUGCAGUUUAUAAAACAACUUGGUGAUGCAUUACAUUCUGUGAGCUCAAUGAGAAGGGACAAACAACAUUUGCAGCUGGUCUUUGUUAUAGGUCCACCUCGUUCAGAGAAGCUCGAAGAGCACGAUAUAACCCCAGAGGAUCUUCAGAGCUUGAAUGAUUCUGUAGAUGGCUUCUCACUGAUGACAUAUGAUUUCUCUGGUCCUCAUAAUCCAGGUCCUAGUGCUCCUUUGAAGUGGAUCGAUUUCACCUUGCAGCUACUCCUUCCGUCAGCUAGCAAUAAGGCUCAGAGUCUGACCAGCAAGAUAUUUCUUGGCAUUAAUUUUUACGGAAAUGAUUUUGUCCUCUCAGAAGGUAUGAUUUUCUAUCAUCUCAUUAUAUUUAUCUGUUCUUGGUGUCAGGGGUGCUUUAAGGUUAAGCUUUUUUUUUUUUUGAAAUAAAAGUAUAGUACAGUUUAUUAAUUCACAAGCAUUAAGGGAGUGCUCACUAU